AUGAAAAAAAGACAGACUAACUAUAAAGAAAGAGGGCAAUUAGCAGAAAGAAGAUCACUCGGUGUUUUAGAGAAAAAGCGGCACUUCCUAAAAAGGAGCACAGCAGAAAAGGCGAGAGAAGAAAAAAUUCAACUGAUUAAAAAAUUAGCAGCUGAGUCAAAUCCAGAUGAGUUCAACCAUUUCAUGUAUAAAUACAAGAGGAGUGGUGUUCGUUUAAUAAGAAAAGACAAAGUGUACGAAAAAGACCAGAAUUUACAGGAGCCAGAAGAGUUGCCAGAAGAAUUACCCAUGAAAAAACCAGAAAGAAUAAUAUUUACAGAGUAAUAAUUAACUGAAUAUAAUGUAUUAUUAUACCAUAUUAAUAAUAGAAUAAAUAUAGAGAGAUCAG